ACCCAGCCAAACAACCGCAGCUCUGUGUGUGUGGCUCGUGUUAACAGAGCCCGCAGGGUGCUGUUCUCUACGAAGCGAGGUCGGCGCUUUAAUAAUAUUUUUCAAGUUACUCUAGAACUCUUUUUUGUCAAAUUCAGGGUCCUGUUGAACGACGACUCUGGGUUUCCAAGCGAUCUGAUUGGUCAGCAGUUGGCCCGGUGACCGGCUUUGAACUCUCCUCUCGGAACCUUCAGCAUAGGUUACCACGGUUACCUGGAUAACCGCAGACCCCUGCUUCGCAGCGCAGUCUGUAUGGUAUGGAUUACUACGAGACGCUGGAAAUAAACAGAAACGCAGCGGACGCAGACAUCAAAAAGGCAUAUCGGCGCCUUGCGUUGAAGUUCCAUCCGAGCAGCAACAGAGAAGCUGGAAGCGCCGAGAGGUUCAGUCGACUCGGGGAAGCCUACGACGUGUUGAGCGACCCUCGGAAAAAGGCAACAUACGACAAGUUUGGUGCGGAGGGUCUAAGAGAUGGUAUUCCCCCCGAGUUUGGCACCGGUGGGGCUUGGUCCUCUAAAUACACCUACCAUGGGAAUCCAGACAAAACUUUCAAACAGUUUUUUGGCGGUGACAACCCAUUUGCAGACUUCUACACAAAUGAGGUGCCGCUUCAGUUCGGUGGCCUGCAACCAGUCGUGGUGAAGACACAAGACUCGCCAAUAGAGAGAGACCUUCAUUUGUCCCUGGACGACAUCUUCCACGGAUGCACAAAAAAGAUCAAGAUAUCUCGCAGGAUUAUGAAUGAGGAUGGAUACACGUCCAGUAUCAAAGACAAGAUUCUGUCUGUGGAUGUCAGUCCUGGCUGGAAAGAUGGCACCAGAAUCGUUUUCCCCAAAGAGGGAGAUCAGGGACCAAACAGCAUCCCUGCAGACAUUGUGUUCAUAGUGCGACAGAAGAGUCACCCUCUGUUCGUACGACAACACGAUGACCUGAUCUACAAGGCCAACGUCUCUCUGGAGAUGGCCUUGACUGGCUUCUCUGUGGAUGUGCCGACACUAGAUGGCAGGCUACUCAAUAUCCCCAUCAAUGAAAUUGUGCACCCCACGUACAGAAAAGUGGUGACUGGAGAGGGAAUGCCGAAGUCCCAGGAUCCUUCACGGAGAGGAAACCUCAUCAUCACUUUUGACAUUCAGUUCCCAGAGAAGCUCUCCGCUGAGAGGAAGCAUCAGAUCAAACAAGCUCUAAAAUAAAUUGAUUUUGAAUAAAUUGAUCACAUUUUAA